CUGAACGCAAGUAAUUUAUCCUGUGUAUAAUAUAGCUGUCUUGCUACUCUAGAUAUGACAGCUCAGCUAAAUAAAGUGCGUAAAGCCAUUAUAAAUGGAUGCAACCCUGCAAUGAUUAGUGAUUUACUAGAUGAUUUGCAAGACAAACAUGUACUUAAGGACUAUGAAGUGGAACACAUUAAUAAGAAAAAUAACACAAGCAGAGACAGAUGCCGGGACAUGAUUGACAGUGUAAAGAAAAAAGGAGAGUACUCAAGCAACAUUCUUCUUGAGAGCCUGGUGAAGAAUCACAAAACACUGGCUGAAAGCCUGGGACUCCACGAACAUGCACCGUCGCCCAUUCAAGAACAUAAUGAGGAUACAAUUAAGGACAAAGAAAUCAACAGUGUAAUUCCUUGUUCUGCUGAAGAAUUCAAGAACAUUUAUGACUCUCACGGAGAUAAGAUUUAUGAAGUGCGGGAACGUGAAGGACGGAAGCGCUUGGCUCUUAUAAUCUGCAAUGAAACGUUUCAGUCUAUGAGUGAGCGUCGAGGGGCCAAGCUUGAUCUGGAAGGGAUGAACAAAUUACUAAAUGAAUUAGGAUACCAAGUCCAGCAACAUACAAACUUGACAAAAGCGGAAAUGGUGAAGGCAAUGAAGGAGUUUGCAGCCCGGGAGGAGCAUGCAGAUUCAGACAGCACCUUCAUAGUUUUGAUGUCUCAUGGAGAUAAGCCGGGAGUCUGUGGGACGGACAGCAAGAAGACAGAAAAUGGACAGUAUGGGGUGACUAACCUGCUACAGGUGGAUGAAAUCUUUUCUACAUUCAACAAUGUUAAGUGCUCUAGAUUGCGGGACAAACCAAAAGUCAUCAUUAUUCAGGCCUGCCGUGGGGAAAAUCAAGGCGGAGAAUUAGUCCGUGAUGAUGUGGCUCCGGCCCCUCUGAAAGAUGAUGCAGUCCAUCAUGUUCAAACAGAGACAGACUCCAUAUGCUUUUAUUCUUCUACACCAGAUACUGCUUCUUGGAGAAAUCCUACAAAGGGUUCUGUGUUCAUCAUACGUCUGAUUGAGAAAAUGAAUGAAUUAGCUCAUUGUCAACCACUAGGCGACAUAUUUCUUGAAGUACAGUCCUCGUUUAAGGAUAAAUCCCCAAACCAAUACUCACAGAUGCCCACACUAGAGAGAUCUACAAUGACAAAGAAAUUUUACCUUUUCCCAGGCUACUGACGUAAGGAAUUAAUGAACGGAAUCAAUAACAUCAAGAGCUUUGAAUUUAGAUUUAUUUUUCCUCUGCGGCAAAAUGGGUUAAGUGUUUUGGGGCGUCUCUAAAAUCCUAUCCAAAUGACGGUAGCUUCUUAAAUCUUUUAAAACAAUGAGUGAUAUUAAACAAAAAUAAAUGAAAAAAAUGUAACUGUUUAAAUAAAUACAGUAACUAGAA